CCUCAGAUCCAUCGAGAAAAUGUCAACAACAUGCCGGAGUCUUCCAGAGAAACAGAAACCGAGGAGAGUGGGAGGAACAGACAACAAAGAGACCAAGAAAACCAGAAGUCUCGCAACGUCGUGUCAGUAAUAUCUCAGUUAGUGGACGAUAAUCUGACGCUUGUGCGGAACAUUAGCACCGGUCUGGCUGUUGCUGGUGUGGUUGUAAUCGCAAGGAGCAUCAGAGUGGUCACAAAAUUUCAAGGUGCAUCUGAGAUCCCUCUUCGUUUCAUUGAGAGGAACGUCAGCCUUCGAGGAAAAGUUCAUUCCAUCACAGAAAGAGGAAUUGAAGUGGAGCACGUCCCGAUUUAUCUCCCAGGCAUCUCUCCUUUACUGUCGAGGCACCGCGAUGUGUCUACAUCCCCACUGCUUGUGCAUCUGGCAGGAGUGGAGCUGACACCGGCAGGAAAGAUGUGGCUUCAGAAGAACCUGGUUCCUCCUCAAACAGUUUGGCUAAAACUCAUCAGCCGAGAGGACAACACACUGCACUGCUUGGUGUCUCAGAGCAGGGGGUCAAUAUGGAACUACUGCAUGAAUGAGGAGCUUCUUAGGCGCGGCCUGGCUCGCAGCGCACCCAUCAGAGGGGUCUUGCCGGGCUCUCCCCUCUACUGGCGCCUGCACAAACGGCUGCACAGGGCAGAGGUGAAAGCUGAGAAAAAGGGUCGGGGUCUGUGGAAGAAGGAGAGCUUGUGGGAGAGAGCUUCCAAAUCUCUCAAAGACAAUCUUUUACUCAGACUGAUAGGGAGGAUCUUUCAAAGGACUCGAACUGAGUGACUCAUUAAUCCAAGUCUAACAGUUUGUUGCUGGCAGUUUCGAAAGCCACCAUUGUUUAAGGAGAUAAAUAAAUUUUAUUGAUAGGGUUCGUCCACAACUUAAACUUAGACAUCUGAAAGGCACCAGAGUGUCAAACUUUCUUCUUCUUUUCUUUAUAUAGCAUUAAUACAGCACACAAAACUUCUCUUGCAAAUGUUUAAAAGGUUUAUGCAAUUUAAUUACUGUGUCAAUGUUUGACAUCAUAAAACAUGCUGUUAAAAGUGCCCGUUUGAAUCAACAUUAUAAUCUUCCAGUCUUCAAGGCCCAUUUGUUAUUAGCUACUGUGUGUGUGUUUGACUGGGACUUCCCGCUAGGGUGGGACCAGUUAAUGGUGUUCAAAAUAGUGAGGGGGGGGGUUCCACUUGUCCACUGUUGCUAUGGAAGCACUAAACGUGAAACACAAGGCGCACUAAGGGCUGAACUCUAGAUUGGUUCAUCUCAAACCCCCAUGGGAGGCUUAUAUGUAGCAUGUAAGGGGGUACUUAAAAAGCUGUUCCUUUUAUGUGUAGUUUGACCAAGGCCUUGAAAGUGGACAAAAGGCAAAUAGCAUACCUUUGUAAUGAUAACACUAUGUUUUAUAAUUAGAAGUUAAUAAAAAAUAGUAAGAAACUGUGAUUUUAGCUAAUUAUUUCAUUCCAAUUGCUCAUGCUUAUGUUAUUGUUUAACAUACAAGCUUUCUGCCAGAAUUAUACACCAUUUGCUUCUUUGUCCGAUUAAUAAAAAACUCAGAAAAGGAGGAGGUCUGCAAAUGAGUCCAAACCACAAUGUGCCCUGUGGGUGCAGGGGUCUCGGUGUAGUGAGACUUAGCACUGUAGCAGUCCAUCCAAAGGGACACAAGGAGAUUACUGCAGGAGGGUCACAGCCAUGGAAGGGGAUUUUGGAUCUGAACACAAAGGCAAAAGAGGAGGAGUCACAGGGCAAGGGAAAGGGAGCGAAGUAGAGGGGGUAAGGAGAGUGGGAUGGGGAAGAAAGAGAGACGGGGGGGGGGGGUGUUGAUGAAUCAGCUUGUCGUCUCUUUUGUUGUGCAAAUGUCACUGGGGACUGUUACUGCCAUAGAGUCCUGUGAUUGGUGGGUAGGUUUAAAUUGUAAGGUGCAUUCGGGGGCUGAUGCGGGUGUAGACUUUGAACUGUCAGCGAAGGAGGAGUAGGAGAUAAACCACGGCUCAGAUGGAGAAGGAAGAGGAAAGCUUUUAAUACCAGACUUCACACACAGCGUGGACUGUUCAUUGAACUGAUAAGUUUAUUUAGUGCACUGUUUGUAUGUACAUAAUACAUCUGGUUCAUAAUACAAUGGUUCAUCUCUAUAUUUUGGAAUAACAUAAAAAAGUUAUUUUAGUCAUUCAAUUGAAAAGGGAAACUCAUACAUUAUGCGGUUUCACUACAGUGAUAUUUUCAAGUGUUUUCUGUAUUUCCAUUAAUUUAGAUGACUAUGCAUUAUGGCUAAUUGAAAACCCAUAAUUCAUGUUUCUUAGAAACUUAUAGUGUAACAAGACAAAUAAAAAGGGAUUUUUAAUUCAGAAAUGUUAACCUACAGAAAAAUGUGUUCACAGACUGUAAUGUAUAUACACUCAAUUACUGCAUUAAUGCUGUGCCACAUGGAGGUGAUCAGCCUGUAGCGCUUCUGAAGUGUUAAGGAAGCCCAGGUCUCUUCACAAUACCUCACUGGUACUGUUUUCUUUCCAAUCAAGUACAGGGAUACUAUGGCAAUUAACUGGCUCUUGAUCAGAAUUAAAUAUAAGUCUGUUUGGAUUUAUUUUGAUUUAAUGGCUGCAGAGUUUAUAAAUGAAAAGGUUCCUACCCCUUUUUCUAAGAGUUCGACUUUAAAUAUCUGGCAAGCAUUAAAUAUUACUGUCUGUUUUUGACUGUGUAAUAACAGGUUAAUAGCUGAAACAAAAACUGCAUGCCAAACCUCUCUGCCCUAAAACAAUUUUAAUUAAAGGCUUAAGCCAGGUAUUGGUAUAUUUGGCGAUGUGGGCAGGUUUCAAGUCCUCCUGCUAAAUGAAAUCAGCAUCACCAUAAAGUUUGUCAGCAGAGGGAAGCAUAAAGCGAGUAGACAGCUGUACAGACAUUGGACUUGAUAAAAUACAGUGAGUGGACUAACACUAACACUGACAAAUGAAAUGGCUCUUCAAAUCAUCACUGGUUGUAAAAACGUCACACUUGACCUCAUGCAACUUGGAUUCUUGGACUCUCCACUCUUCCACCAGACUUAGGGGCCAUGAUUUCCAAAUGAAAUGCAAAAUUAUCUUUAAUUGAGAAGUGACUUUGGACUUUUGAGCAACAGAACAUUCCCCUUUUGGUCAAGUAGGCAACUUCUGACAUUAUAUCUGGUUCAAGAGUGAUUUCACACAAAGAAUGCAUCAGUUGUGACCCAUAUUCUGGAUAAGCCCGUGUGUGGUGGGCCUUGAAGCACCAGGUCCAGCUGCAGUUAAUGCCUUUUGAAUCUCACCCAAACUCUUGAAUGGGCUUCAGUUCCCAAUCUUUUUCGUGUUGUAGUUUUCCCUGUUUGAGCACUUCUUUCUGCUGCACUUUUUAUUUCUUCUAGCUUUACAUUGUACAUAAUUUGCAUGGAUGUAGUGAUCUGGGAACAACCAGCCUUGUUAACAAUAAUAACAUUUUGUGAUUUGACACUUUCCCAGCAGACAGUGACUAAAUGCUGGGAAUGUGUCAAAUCAGCUGUCUUCUAACUGAUUUAAAGUAACAUUUCUGUGUUAAAAAUGAUUAUUUGUUAUAUUGUAAUAUUCAAAUUCAACCAAUAAAAGAAAUUACUUUGUGUUGAA